AUGAAGUCGAGAACGCGUCCACUGAUUGGUCCCAAGUCUAGGAUUAUGGCCCUCAAGAACAGACAUAAACGAAGACCUGUUAAGACAUGUGAAAUGGGUUGUGGCACGAGAUAUGUCCUCAAGAGUUCACUCAUUGGUCAAGAAUUUGUUAAAAGACUCGCCGCUGAGAGUCAGACAUCAAUUGUGGUCUCAGUUGAGCCACUUGUCAAAGAAGAGUCGACAGACACUACAAGAGAUCCAAUCUUACGUGAGACGGAAGAUAACAAUACGACUGCAAUACUGAGUCCAACGGCUGUCAACUCAGAAGAAGUGACAUCAGAGGACAAGAAUAAGUCAAACCUCGAGACCGACACUGAAGUGGACAAAGAGGUGAACGAUUUAGAGGACACGGAGUGCGAGAGGAAUACGAAAACGAAGAAAAAGAGAUUAUUAUCGCCGCAGAAAUCACCGACAAAAUCAUCGCAAGAGGCGGAACGGGAUUACAUCUACAGCUGUCUGUUCGCUGACUGCGACAUGAAGUUCUGUGACUGCAAUGAACUACUUGUCCAUCGCAUGAGUCACGAGUCGGCGAAGACUAUAAUCCAGAAAAUGUCUGAACCAAAGAAGGAGACCAAAGACGUGAACGAACAGCAGAUUCGACCCGUUUUCUCAUCGGAGAGGAAGAUCACGAGAUCUGUUACUAAACGCGAGGCCGAGAGUAAGGAAUCUCAAGAAAUGAAUACCAAUUCACAGGAAUUGUCGGUUAAGAAGGAUGUGGUGACAGAUAGUAAGGACUUCUUCAGUAGUCUAUUGACUAAUUUCGAGACAAAUGUGGAUAAAAAUUAUGAUUAUUUAAAGCGAAAACUCUUUGCCGACGAGAAACCAUCGGUUGUGAAAUCAGAUGAAAGUCAGACAUCGUCUGAAAGUUUUGAUUGCAAACCGACGUCAAGUGAAUCUUCAGUCGAUAUGAAUAAUAGGCGCAUAAAAUGUCGUUUCAAUGACUGCGAGGAAGUGUUGGAAACGAAACGCCAACUCAAGAAACAUCUAAAGCUAAAGCACUUCAAGAAAUGUGAUUUUGAAAACUGUGGCCAAUAUUUCGCGUAUGAGAGCGAACUCAUUGACCACAAGAAUAGCGCACAUCCGGUGGAUCCGCCGGAGCCCAGUCCUGCCAAAGCCUCACCAAAACCUGAACUCCAAAUGACUUUAAGAAAACGCAAUUCUGGAUAUACUAUAUUCAAUGAUUGCACUAAUAAUAGCAAUGGUGGUGAUGACCAGUCACUGCCGCCCGCCAUCAUCGGUGGUAAUGAUAGCAAUAUUUCUAAAGAUAUUUCUAACGAUAAUAGUAACGAUUCUAAUGAUACUAACGCUAUAAAUGCGGAAAAGCAAUAUAAUUGUGAUUUAACUGUUGAUUGUAAUCGUAGUGCCGACCAAAUGAGUGCAUUGAUUGUCGACAACGACUUGCAGCACACGGCCUAUCCGUACAAAUGUGAACACAAAGGCUGCGGAAUGGCUUUCAGGAAGGCGUCGAAACUGAGACGACACCUGAGGGGCAGUUGUGUGGCUGUCGUGGAGCGCCAGAAUCGGAAGGAGAAGAAGUAUAGGUGCGAAUCGGACGGAUGCGGCAAAUGGUUUGCCGACAAACAUGACCUCCGGAGCCAUGAGCGCAUCCAUUCGGGCGAAAUGCCUUUUGAAUGCAAUUAUCGUAAUUGCGAUAAACAGUUCGAACAGUUGGCUGACCUCCAGGCCCACAAACUCAUGCAUAACAAGGAGAAGCCGUUUAUGUGCGGCUAUUGUGGCCAAACAUUCCGCCAGUUAUCGCACCUGUUGUGCCAUAAACGCAGUGUCCAUACGAAGGAGAAGCCCUACGGAUGCAAAAUGGGUGACUGUCGCCAAAGUUUCUACCAAUUAAAUAGCCUUAAGAAUCACUACAAGUCUAGCCAUUGA